CAAAGGGGAAUAAAUGAACGUGGGGGGGGUUUCUCCCAGCAUCGGUAUGCCUGCCUACCUCAUUUCCAGUCCAGACAUCGUUGCUACUACCUCUGGGUAGAAAUUACAGCUGAGGUGUGCUCUGUAUCUGUGUGUUUUAAGUAUCAGUCACCCUGCGCACUGCCUUCAUCCUCUCAGCUCACGGCAGUCUGCUGUGAUCUUACCGCGAAGGACCAGACAGGAGCUGAGACAAGAGCAAGCGGACUUGGAAGAGUGCUGAAGGAGAGGCAAGAACCAAGAGGCAAAAAGAAAAGAAGAAAGACAAGCAGGAGGACAGAAGGAACGGCAAUAAACAAGAAAUUUAAGGUCUCCUUCCCUCAAUUUUCUACGCGGCAAGUUACGCAAUAAUUUGUGUAAUGUAGUGACUCUGGACUUGAGACAGAUCAGAGAGAAAGCUUCAGUCUGUGCUCUCUGCAGCUGCAGCAGAUGUUGAAGACAUCUCUGACUUUAUAGGGAGCAGAGGCGUUUCAAGCAAAGGUUGGGCUGGAAUUCCUUUAAACAAAGUCACAUUUCUUUCCAUUUUUUCCUUUUUUGUGCCUUCAGCUGGGAAGUUUGCUUUACUGGAACGAAAAGAAGAAGAAAAGGAAUACACACAUUUAUUUCUUGUGUGUUAAUCUGUUUUUACCUUGGUGGUUUUUAGAUCUUUCACAGCUGCCUGAACCGAGGACAAACCAGGGGGGCUUCCUCACCGUUUGCUGUCCUUUCCAUCCCUCCUGUGUUUGAAAUGACAGAUGGUGGCAGUGUCAUCACAGAACCGCAGCAUGGAGCUUUUUUGUUUGGACUGAAACCACCCAGCUACUUUCACAACCAGCCAGCUACCUGUCAAAAUAGUGGCUUCUUUGGUUCAUUGUACCCGUGAAGGGCCCCUCAGACGUGUCUUCCUGCCCAAGAUGAUGAAUUCCUCUCUGGAUCCACUGAACCAGAGCUCUGCUGACCUGUCAAACUUAUCCGCUCCCUUCUGCCUGCUUGAGAUAGGCUAUUCGCAGAUUUUCACCACCUGCCUCCUUGAAGUCUCUAUCAUUCUCCUUCUCACUAUUCUCAUUAUUUCUGGCAACCUGGUGGUAAUUUUUGUGUUUCACUGUGCCCCCUUGCUUAGCCAGCACUCCACCAGUGCUUUCAUCCAGACGAUGGCUUAUGCUGAUCUGCUGGUGGGGGUUAGCUGCCUGUUCCCCUCCCUGUCCCUCCUCCAUCACCUACAGGGCCUUGAUCCCAAACUCACCUGCCAGGUGUUUGGGUACAUGGUGUCUGUUUUGAAAUCAGUUUCAAUGGUGUCGUUGGCGUGCGUGAGCGUUGACCGCUACAUUGCCAUCACACAACCUCUCACUUAUGCGUCCCUGGUGACACCUUGUCGAGUGCGCUGCUGCAUCGUUCUAAUAUGGUUGUACUCUGCUCUGGUGUUCCUGCCAUCUUUUCUCGGGUGGGGGAAACCUGGUUACCACGGUGAUGUGGUGGAGUGGUGCGCAGUUGAAUGGAGGACUCGUCCGGCUUUCACAACCUUUAUUGUUGCGCUGCUCUACGCCCCGGCUGCUCUCACCGUCUGUUUCACCUAUGCUAACAUCUUCAAGAUCUGCCGGCAGCAUACCCGAGAGAUCAGCGAGCGCCAUGCGCGUUACAGACCCCAACAGCUGCAGGGCCCGGGGUCGACUGUGGGAUGUGUGGGCAAGGACAGCAGUGCAGUGGAGCAAGGGCAGUUCCCCCACUUGUCCCAACCACAAAAAUCCCAACCCCAGUAUCAGCAGCCCACAUCAACAUACCCCGACAGGCGAUACGCUAUGGUACUGUUCCGCAUCACAAGCGUGUUUUAUAUCCUCUGGUUGCCCUACAUCCUCUACUUUCUGUUGGAGAGUGGUGGGGUCUACCAUCACCCUGCAGCCUCAUUCCUAACCACAUGGCUGGCCAUCAGCAACAGCUUCUGUAACUGUCUCAUCUACAGCCUCUCCAACUCUGCCUUCAGGAAGGGCCUCAAACGCCUCUGCUCCUUCUGUUUACAACGCAGUGGCAGUGGCUUCGGGGUUGGGAACACCAAAAAGGCUUUUGUUGGGUCUGUUGAAAAAGGAUGCGCAGGGCCGGGCUAUGGAUAUGGUCACAGGGACAUAGGAUUUGGCACAACAUGUCAUGUGUAAGGCACACGCAGAGGAAGAAAGUUGUGCAAAAUUGGCAUUUGAGCUUUUUAAAGAUGCCUGAUGUGAUUGCUGUAAAAUGUCUCCUCCUUUUAAGCUGAAAUGUCCCGGAAAGAGGCGUUAAUUUGCCACUGUUUCUGUCGCAUUUGGAGGUUGCACAGGCGUCCUCUCUGCACACACCACAGCUGGCAAAGACAGAGAAAGGGAGUCAGAAGCAAAGCGCUGAAGGAGAACAAGGCCUAAAUAGCCCUGCGAGGUGUUUUUAAAAUGGCCGAGGGAACCCAGCAUACUGUUAUGUGUCUGGACAGGGGUUCAGGGGACUAAAACCCUCUGGAGUGAGGUAAAAUUUGACUGAAAAACAUUUUAAUCUCUUCAUGGGAAGUGAAAUGUUAACUUAUUUUGCCAAAAUAAUGUUCCAAGAAACAUGUUCUCUAUGUGAAAUAAUGUGACCUUUGUCGUCAGAUUAUCAGCACAGUGUGAGUUUAAUGCAAAAAAGAAAAAAUUAAUGCAAACUGAACAACAGCUAAACGUUGAGGUGAACCAUCAGUUCUGAGCUCUUUAGAUAUGUUAUUACAUGCUUUUACCCCUUCAGUAUUUGAAUACUACAAGUGAUGCAACAGUGUGUUUGUGUAUUUAUUGUGUCUUUUGUGGUUGAUUGCUUUAGCUUAGCCAGUCAUAAAGAAAUGGAAAGAACUGAUGUAGGUCUGGAGCCACUACACACUGUCAUCUUAUGGAUGUUUGCAUUGAUUGAACUGAUUAUGGUUUGUCGGCAUCAAGACGUCAAUUCAGAAAAUUUGAAAAGAUUAUUUAUUGUUGUUGUGUAAGACAGAACACAAUGUCUUUAACUUGAUCGUGGGUUCACACAUUAAUCCUGCUGUUUGUGUAUUAUACAAGAUUCUGCCCAGCUUUGGUGUACGACUGUUAACCUGAAGAGGAGCAAAAGUAAUUUUCAGUGAAUCUGACCUUCAUGAGUUUUUAAAAUCUUUGUCUAAUUGCACCUUUUGUCAUUUUGAUGAUAACUAAACUUGUUUCGUAAACAUGUCCAAGGCAAAGCAAGACCAAGAAAGGAUGUAUAUUUACACUUGUUGUACAUUGAUUGUUGGUACAUUGUUGGGCUGUGUUUUUUUUGUUUUUUGUUUUUUUUAUAAAAGGCUUAUUUAAUCUAAGGUAAUAACAUUAAGCAUUUAGAUGGCCGACCCUUGAACUGUGAUCCUCUCCUCUCGUCUUUGAUCGGCUGGGUUGAAUAGUCAAAUGAGAGGUUGUAAGCGCGUGAUUGAAAAAAGUUCCACAUUACAUAUUUCUGCAAAUAAUUUACCGCAGUUCAAACCUUGGGGGUGUGCUGAACUGUGAGUGAAUAAUUGCCUGCAUUCGGGAACUAGUGCAUGCACACAGACACACACACAAACACACACCAACAUAGGAGAUUCACAUAUAAACAGAACAAACAAAUAGCCCAUUCACUCUGCCAGCAGGCUAACCUCUGCGUGGCACCAUGAGGGGAGAACAACCCCUCGGAUCCCUGGGAACAACAUGCAGUUGCUUGUGUGUUUGUGUAUGUGUGCGUGUGUGUGUCUUUUUCCGUCAUCUUGUCCCCAUGUGUAGUUUUGUGGUUUCUUUUCAGUCUAAACUCGAUAUUUAAUUCAAACUACCCAUGACCAAUAAUAAGCCGUAAAAUAUUCCAAUUGUACAUGGUGUGUCAUAAACUCAGUAGUUGUAAAAGGUUAUUGAACCAUGAAAACUCACAGAUAAUCUAGCUUUAUAAACUUAAAUCUCAUCUACCAAAGAAAGUUCAACAGAUAUUCUUAGAUUCUAUUUUUUUCUAAAUAUCUAAUAUAUAAAGAUUGAGUAAAAUGAGCGUGGAUGCGAGUCCACUGCACUGUGUUGGCUCAGUAAUGCCUUAUGUGCAUGAAUAUGACUGUUUCUCAGUAUAUAGUGAUAUAUUGUUGCCUUGACAAACAAAUGACAAUGAACUGCUGGGGAUGUAUUAUCCUCUCAUGUUUAGGGAGGGCUCAAUUUAUUGACGCGCGACUGUUUUCAGAGGGCACGGGCACGGACUGGAAAUUGUGUGCAUGUGAAGAGAUGAAAUGUUGAUCAGCCAGCCUCGAUUUAGUACAGAAUAACCUGAAUUUAUUAUGUAAAGUAAUUAAAAAAUGUGACUGUUAAUACAUUUUUUUUCUCAAACAGUUACAGUGAACUUUGCUCUGUAAAACUGAAAACAACUAGGAGCAAACUCACGACUCAAAACUUUUUUUUAUUUUCUUGCCUGUAUUCGUUCGUAUUUGUGUGUGCGUGUGUGUGUGUGUCUGUGUGUGUGUGUGAAUGUCAGUGCAGGUAUGUUGGGAUGCGACCAUUGGCUGAAUUGGACUGUUUACAGUGUUUUAGCAUGGGUGCUAACAGAGUUAACACCUCCCAUUGCUUUAUUAGCUGCACUUCCCUUGAGUAUACUGUAUUUUGUGACUGUGUGAGUAUGAUGUACAAUGGUGGUAGAUAGAGUCACAUGUUGUCUUUAAAUAUUUUGGCUGUUAUCUGUGAAGCAUUGCCAAAUGUUGUAAUCUUUCCUAUUUGUAUCUUCAUUUGUUCAGAAAUGGCAUGUACAGAAAUGGCAUGUACAGAAAUGGCGUGUACAGAAAUGGCGUGUACAGAAAUGGCGUAUUGAAUGUCUUAUUGUCAAACUACAGAAAUUUAUUUUUGUAAUAUUUUCAAGUUUCUUGUCACAUGUGAAGUGAUAAAUGAUUCAGACUGCAUGGUUACCCAUUGAAAUGAUUUAAGCUGUGUCUUAGUGAUGAUGCAGUUUGUUUUACUUGGAAGUCUCGCCACAUAGAAGAUGUCGUUUCCCACAGCAGUUAAUGGUACAAUUAUUGAGAAAUUGGUAAGAUUUAGGGCAAAGUUUCUUGGGAAGUUUUUAUGCCAAAUCAUGCUCACAUGGACAUUCAUACACACACACGCACACACACACACACAUUCCCCUCUUCCUGUGGGAAAACAAUUGGCUCCCAUGCUCUCAAGGGAACGACUGGCUGCAGCUGUGUGGACGUACACAUCCAUGUUGGGUCAAACUAGAGAGAACAAGAAAGAGUAUGGACACUAGGAUUAGUUCAGGAGGCCAUUUGUUGGUAAAAUGCAGCCCUCUGUUGUAUAAGAGGAAAUUUAAUUGUUGAUGGGGUGUACUACUAAGCAAGUACAUACUACAAAAAACAUUUAUCAUUAAUCAAUUAAAAAAAAGAAACUGGAUGGCCAUCUGCAGAUAGUGAUGUUCAGAAAACAAAGUUUGAAAAUAUAAGCAAUAGGUGCAAAGAGGGAAGAUUAAAAUAGUUGCCAUCUGCCAUAUUUAAGUUUUACAUCCUUAAUUGGCAUCUUAUGCAACCAGCUUUAAAUGCAUCCCCUCUUUUUGGUCUUAUGAACGGCGGGGUCCUAUUAAGUAACAAAUUAAGUUACAUCUUGUAUCAAGUAUGUGGCUUAUCGUAAAUCCAGAUACCAUUUUUACAGUUUUAUUUACAAAGGCACAAAAAAAUGGGGCCUCAUAUAAAACAAUAUAGAAAAGCAACUGGCACAAGUAGUUAUCUUGAACAUGUCGUUCUCUCCCUUCAUAAAACAUAACACUUUUACAACUACUGAAUACUGGUUGUGUAUUGUAUCUAUACAAGUAACAACUGUACAAUACUUGAACAGCCAGUACAGCCUCACUGUUAUAUUGCACUUUAACACUCUCUCUCUCUCUCUCUCUCUCUCUCUCUCUCUCUCUCUCUCUCUCUCUCUCUCUCUCUCUCUCUCUCUCUCUCUCUCUCUCUCUCUCUCUCUCUCUCUCUCUCUCACACACACACACACUCUCACACACACAUAUGCCCACGUAAUGGUAUUUUCUUAUCUCUCUUUUAAUAUCUGUCUUGGAUUUUCUUCUUUGUGGUAUUGAUAAUGAGCCACACCAGGCCUCUUCUAAUGGCUGACUUAUGAACCGGCUGUUUGGAGGAACAGAUUAUUAUCACAUUAGGACGAGACUGACCCGACCACUGUAACAACUUGGUCUGGAAACCUACCAAAAGACAUUUGCGCACAAUUGCUCACAGUAAACCAUGAUGCAUUUUUAAUUGUCAGAUUGAGCAAAUGAAGCCCUUACUGUUUUACCCUUUACCAUUCAUGACAAACCUUGUCAUACUUCACGUGUAACGGGUGUCGACUUUGUGAUGAGGGUUUUUUUUUUAUGCUGUACAGAUUGCUUUUAUAGAUGGAGAAUGGAUGAUGCAAAUGGUCAAACAUGUUUAAUUUUGUUGUCUUUGUGACAAAGAUAAGAUAUUUUUCAUUACAUGAUGCUUUGUAGGUGACAAGCCUAUAUGGUAUUGUAUGAUGUACAUGUUGUAUCUGUGCCGAGCAAAUAAAUGCAUUGUUAUCUCAGUGUA